UUUAUUUCACUAUGAACUUUCGAAUGAAAUAGACGAGGUGUAAUCAUUCGAAUAGCUAAAAUCGUGAAACUUUGAAUAUAAUCUGCCAUCUUCAAACUUCUCCCAUUUAGUGUUUUAUUUAAAUUCAUCUAAAAUUAAUACAAAAAGUGGAAUUUUCACAGCAAAGUGAUCCCCAUUUGUGUACGAAAAAAGGAUAUUAAAAGUGAAGAGAUUUUUUGUUAGCUGUGUGAACAUUUCCAACAGUUUUGGGAUUAAGAAAAAUCAUACUUCAACAGAUUUCUCUCUCCCAAAAAAAAAUCUCCCAAAAGUGUGUGUUCAGUUUAAAUCGCAAUUGAGACCAUCUGCCAGGCUGCCACAGGAGGAACAAGUUUUAAAAAAAUAUGAUUUCUUCCCACAUAAUCACAGGCAGUGUACAAAGGACCUAAAAAAGAAGGAUUUAUUGUGAACACCCUGCAACAAGGAGAUAUUUUUAGUGCAUUUUCUAACCAAUUACAAUAGUACAUAAAUAGUUUUAAAAAAAAUACAUAAUAUAUAUUCUACAAAGCUAAGAAUAUAUCGAUAGUGUCAAGUUAUUUUAGACGGAGACUUUAUUUCUUACAUAACACACAAAAAAUGCGGUUAAAGCGUGAAUCACCCUGUUUGGUACUUCGCUUCAUGCCGAUUAAUAAACUAGGAACCAACCACAAAGAUUACAACCGAAGACGUCGGGAUUCCUCACCAUCGACCCCGGCAAGUCCGUCGGAUUGUGUUGAAAGUAUGUUCCCCGCCACCGAGUCAUCAUCAUCAUCACAUCAACCGGGUAGCCGAAAGUUCUCCCGGAGUUGCUCUAGUCCAGCUGUUUCUUGUGCAGAUAUCGAGUCCCAAUUUGACAUCGAAACACAUCCAGCAUCACCAGUAUUUCCUCAUUUGCUACUUGGCAAUGGACGGGACGCAGUGGAUCCCACAAGUGUUGGUGCCAAUUGUGUACUGAAUGUGACAUGCCAGCCACCGAGUGCCAAGCCAAAACCUGGGCUAAAGUACAAACAGAUUCCGGCCAGCGAUACACCACAUCAGAACAUUAAGCAGUACUUUCAGGAAGCGUAUGAUUUUAUCGAGGAGGCGCGCAAGAAAGGCUCCACAGUAUUACUCCACUGUCAAGCGGGGAUUUCACGGAGUGCAACGAUCGCCAUUGCUUACGUGAUGCGGUACAAGUCGAUGUCACUCUAUGAAGCCUACAAGGUCGUUAAGAUGGCACGACCGAUCAUUUCGCCAAAUUUCAACUUUAUGGGACAACUUCUGGAGCUGGAGCAGAAUCUGCGCGCCAGCGGAAGUCUCGCACCAGCCCCAAGUUCAUCAGCAUCGUCUGAGGAUUCGGGUAUUGCGGACGAGGAAGCCUCAUCGACGUCCUCACUGUCACCCCCAUCCUCAUCAGCCUCCUCAUUGCCCACAUCGCCAAUUGAGCGAGAUUUCUCGGAGGAUGCCACAAGUAGUUCCUGCCUAAGUCCCCCAUCGGACGAUCUCAUGGAUCACACGGACAAAGGGUCGUAGAAGUAGGUGCGAGGAGCAACAUGACUUUAUACUUUUUUUUUAAUGGGAAUUUCCCUCAUUUUCACCGAAUUUUCAUUUCCUUUUAAAAAAAAAUUCUCUUUUGUAAUUUUUUUCCUCUAAAACGUUCAAUUUGGAACCUUUUUUUCUCUUAAAAUAGGUUGUGAUUUUUUUUAUUCCCUCUUUUAGUUCAUUUUAUAUAAAUCAUUUUAUUGAAAAAUGGGGGUAUAGUAGAGAUUGAUUAGAAGAAGAAGAAAAACGGGUAAUUUUUUUUGUUAAAAAUAAUAGCUCAGAGUACCCCUUAAUUAUUUUUUUUUCACGCUAGAAUUGCUUCAAUUUCUUUUAAUCCAAAAGAAAGUUCAGGACUUUCUCUCAGUUUUACGGAAAAAAAAAAUUAAUUCAGCAAUUCUUCACAGAUUCGAUAGAUUCUCAUCCUUUAAAACAAAUUGCAUCCUUUUCAUUUUCUUUUUGUAAAUAAUUUCAAAGAAAAAUCAUCAUAAAUAUCUACAAAUUAAUUAUCUUAAUAUAUAAAUUCGAAAAGAAAUCUAGUCUUUAGAUGAAAUAUUUUGAAAGAAAAAAAGAAUGAAGAAUUAUUAUUUAAAGAAGAAAAAGUUGAAUUUUAGCAAUUAAGGGAUGAAUUAAGGAAAAAACUGUGUAUAUAAAUUCAUUAGUUUUUAAGAAAGAUAAAAAAAAAUCGCGAAAGGGGAUUUUUCACAACAACAAAAAUGUAAAUGAUAAUUUUUGUAGAAGAACAAUUUUUUUCAAAAUGCAUUAUAAAUUUAUCUAUCAAGGCUGUGUUUCAACAAUACAAUAAGAAACAAAUUAUAUAAUUACCUUUUAAAGAAUAAUAAUGAUGAAGAAAACAUACAUAUAAUAUUGCAUUAGCUGUAGAAACGAUAUUCAAAAUAUUUAACAAAAAAAAAAUAAACAACCAACAUAUCUAACGUGAGGAAAAAACGGUUAAAAAAUUAAUGUUCAAAAAAUAUUUAAAAAUAAAAGGAAUUGUAAAAUUUACAAAGAAAAAAUAUCAUAGAAUGAGCCUUAAUUUUUUUUUCAAAUCAACUUAAGAAAAUUAAGUAGGAUGAAAAUGCAUUUUUUGCUCUUUUAUAAAGCGCUAAAAAUAUUUUCACACUGAUACUGUUAUCACACACGCAGGUAUUUCCUUUUCUUUUCGGUGUCAAAGUUUCUCCAGCUGACGCGUAAGAGAAUGAAGAGGCGGUUGCUCAUUUCACAGAAAAUUACGUACCACCAAAAGGUAUUUUUUUGUGUGUUUGAGAACCGCGCAAAGCGAACUGAUAGAAAUUUGGUGAAUUUUUCAUCACAAAAAAACCUUACCUAUUAUACAUAAUAUUAAAAAAAAAAAACUAAUAUUUAUAUAUUCUAAAGAGAGAGAAGAAGAAAAAAUUGUACCCCGAAUUAAUUGUAUUUUGUGGAGUGACACAGUGAUUGCACUCAAUGUGUCCUUUCUGUAUUUUUGGCGUGCAGUGAAUCUAUAAAUGGAUUUUUCUUUUUUCAAUUGAUAAACCCUUUUUUCUAAGGAAUGCUGCAAAGCUAUGUAACCACCCCUCCCACGCAUAUUACCCCCCAAAAAAAGGGUGUGAAUUUUAUUUAUAUAACGUUGAAUGUUUUUUUUUCUUCUACGGGGGUGAUGAUGUGGAAGGGAGGGAGAAAAAAAUGGACAUGUAAAUAGAAUUGUAAUUUGCAAGUAUAAAAAAAAACAAGAUUUAUUUGUAAGGUGAAAAAAAGAAUAAAAAUUGUGUAAAUCUA